AUGGAAAACUUAUCUGAAAACCCCAAGAACACUGAGUAUCCUUCUUCACCACCCAAAGAACGUUCAACCACCCAAACCCCCAAGAAAAAAUAUGUCAAUAUGCUUUCACAAAAAAUAGAGUCUAGUAGAGAACAUGCCAAGAAAUUAAAUGAGAAAUUGAAGGCUAGCCAAGCAGAAGAAACCCAAAAAUCUGCUGAGCCUUUCAAGUCUACGAGUGAGGAGGAAGAACAUGUUUCAUCAGAAGCUAAACAGGGUGAUGAGAGUGCUAAUAGGGGGAAAAGUGUUGAAAUUGGAAGUAGUGGUUCUAGGGAUACUACUACAGCGGAGAGGUUGGCUAGCUUGAGGAAAAGGUUCCAAGAACCUAUUCCAUCUAGAAAGGAACCCCUCCAUGACCUGCUACAGAAAGUUUUUUAUAGUUAUAAUCCAAAGAAGAAGCAGAGUACAAGAGUUAAAAUCCCUGGAAAGGAAAUGGGUGGAAAGAUGAGAAAGGAUUCCUCUUCUAUCCCUGUAGAGACUCCUCCCACAAGAGGAAGAACCACAAGGAGUCAGAAGAAGCAAAGUGAGGCCAACUUGAAAAAGGCCUUAGCUGAAAGUGGCAAGAAAGUUGUAGCCAAGGGGAAGAAGAAAGUUGAAGAGACAAGUGAGGCAAUUUCGAUAAAGGAGAUGGACCUGGUUCUUCAUGAUGAGGAUGCGGUAGAGGAAGUGGAGGUUGCGACUCCCAGUGCUAAGAAGAGAAAGACUUCUAAGAAGAAGUCUCCAAAAAAGUCUAUUGAUACAGAAGAAUCUGCCUUGUCUAAAAGAACCAAGUCUGCUAAGAAAUCAAGGAAAGUUCAAAUAGUGGAGGAAGAAAGUGAAGAAGAGGAGACUGAUGAAGAAAUGAUAAGUUGGUGA